AUGCCUUUAAAUCCGAGCCGAUCAAGAGUUAGAGAUCGGGGAAAUAUCAUGGGAAGACCGGAGUUCUUGUCACUGAAUCAGUUCCCUCGAAAUAGUAACGUCGAAGGUCGUGGCACAGUAAGACGUGCGGGCCAAACAAAAUACCAACAGAGCCAACAAAGCGAACACUCACACGAGUCUAUCGACAGUGCCAAGGAGCGCAAAGAGACGUCAAAAUUGCCGGAUGAAGACUGUAUGCAACUUAAUCCGUCUUUUAAGGGGAUAGCGAUUAACUCUCUCUUAGCUAUUGACAUUUGCUUGUCCAAACGACUGGGCGUCUGUGCCUACACGUCGUCUUCGUGGGGAAAUGUCCGUUCUAUGGUCACUUUGCUUGCGCUGACUGGGCACGGAAUCACGUGGAUUUGCGGCACUCUGGUCUGUCUCACAAGGAGCAAUACUCUGGCGGGACAAGAAGUCUUGGUCAAUCUUCUUCUUGCUCUCAUACUGGAUGUCAUGACCGUGGCUGGGGUGCAGAAACUGGUCAAGCGCAAAGGACCCUGGGAGAUGACCCCUGGUUUCCUUGACUGUGUUGCCAUGGACAUGUAUUCGUUCCCAGCAGCUCAUGCUAGUCGGGCGGCCAUGGUGUCUAAGUUCCUCUUGACUCACUUGGUACUUGCAGUCCCAUUGCGUAUUCUCUUGGUGCUCUGGGCCUUCCUGGUGGGCCUGUCCAGGGUUCUUCUGGGCCAUCAGCACCUGACAGACAUGGCAUGUGGCUUUGCGUUGGGCCUCCUACACUUCAGCCUGGUGGAGACGGUGUGGCUGUCCUCCAGCGCAUGCCAGACUCUCAUCUCCAUCGGGACCCUCAGCUGGAGCCCCUUCCAAUAG